AUGGAUCAGUAUACUCUUCGAAGUGUGCUGCCACCGUUAUUGAAUUGUCACAGUUAUACCACAAAAGAGAGGCUUGAAAAAGCUGAAUCAGACGAGCUUUCAAAUUUAAAGAAACCAAAGGGCAGAAGAGGGACGAUAGAUACAAGUGACUAUGAGUCUGACGACGAAGCUACCAAUUCAUGUUUAGCGGAUGAAGACCCCCUACUUUUACAUGAGGAUGACCUCUUCGAUACAACACUAAUGUCUUCAUCUCCGACCAAUACUAAAGUGAAUUCAGCGGCUAAUUAUUUCCAAAAUCUGAAAAAUAUUUCCAAUAAUUUGGAGAGUGAAAGAUAUCUUGGAGAUAUUCGAGUUAAGGUUGCUAUUCUCGGUACGGGAUUACAUUCUUUGCACCCAUUGGAUCAUGAAUUCAAUCACUAUAAAGAAUUUAUAGAGCCUUCCACUGCAUUUGGACACGUCAAAUAUUCUCGUCAUGAUUUUCGUAUGGCUUCUUUGCUUCGCAAAGUAGCACCUUUUUGUGAGAUAUACAUUGCUCGUGUGUUUGAUGGAGGACCCAUAGAGUUGAAUUCUGCUAUCCCUGCUGCAAAGGCAAUCAUUCAUGCUAGAGAUGUAUGGAAACUCGACAUCAUUUCAAUGUCAUUUGGGUUCAAGGACGAGAAUGCAGAACUGCUUAAGGCGAUUAAUGAUACUCAUAAUACCUUGAUAUUUGCAGCUGCCUCCAAUUAUGGCGCAAACGAGGAUCCUCCAAUUAGAUUUCCGGCGCGAAUGAAGGAUCGGGUGAUUUGCAUCAACGCCGCAGAUGGUUAUGGGAAUCCCUCAGAAUGCAAUCCUCCUAAUCCAAAACGAGAAAAUUUUAGUGUUUUAGGAGAAGCUGUGCCUCUGGACGGUGAACUCGUUACAGGCUCGAAGCCUAGUGUGAAAUAUGGCUGCGGAACAUCAAUGGAAACUCAGAUCGCAGCUGGUGUGGCAGCGCUUGUACUUGAGUUUGCACGACAAGACCAAGACAGGCCACAUAGAGUCCGAGAUGUAGAAUCUCUCAGGACUAAAUGUGGUAUGUCUGCUGUUCUACGUGCCAUGACUAAGGGGGGGGCGAGAAAGGAGGUUAUAACUUCAUAG